AUGCAUUUUUUUUUUCAAAGAGUUGCUGUUGGGCAAAGCCAGUCAAGAAUCCCGCCUCGUUUUGGCUCAGAAGAGAUCAAACCUGCUCUGGUGUUUUCUGACCCUGUCGACGUUCAUCCUGCCUCAUUAUUACCUGCUUCCGGAAAAUCAGAAUCAGACACAAAACCACAUCGAUAUCUGGAGCCUGACAUCAAUGCUGGCACUCCUUCACCUCUCAAGGACCCAUUGCCCUUAGAAGACACGAGAAACACUCCAUCGAAAGAAACCCCGAGCCCGUUGACCGGAACCCACGAUUACGUCGAAGGGUUGACCCAAUCCGCCACCAACAACCGGGAAGUCGGCAGUUUUCGAAGUGCAACCUCAUUCAGUACUUCCGAAAAAGUACGAGACAGUGACAGGUACGGUGUGACGACGAGCAGCAAGUCUGACGACAGCAGCAGGGAUUCAGCUGGUCGUUGGAGCUCGUUUAGACACCCUACUCAGAGCAGCAGUAAUUCCUACAAUGAUCCAGUUGCUGUUGGGCAAAGCCAGUCAAGAAUCCCGCCUCGUUUUGGCUCAGAAGAGAUCAAACCUGCUCUGGUGUUUUCUGACCCUGUCGACGUUCAUCCUGCCUCAUUAUUACCUGCUUCCGGAAAAUCAGAAUCAGACACAAAACCACAUCGAUAUCUGGAGCCUGACAUCAAUGCUGGCACUCCUUCACCUCUCAAGGACCCAUUGCCCUUAGAAGACACGAGAAACACUCCAUCGAAAGAAACCCCGAGCCCGUUGACCGGAACCCACGAUUACGUCGAAGGGUUGACCCAAUCCGCCACCAACAACCGGGAAGUCGGCAGUUUUCGAAGUGCAACCUCAUUCAGUACUUCCGAAAAAGUACGAGACAGUGACAGGUACGGUGUGACGACGAGCAGCAAGUCUGACGACAGCAGCAGGGAUUCAGCUGGUCGUUGGAGCUCGUUUAGACACCCUACUCAGAGCAGCAGUAAUUCCUACAAUGAU